CCGCCUCUGGCCGGCCUUUACAGUCUCGUGCUGCAGCGGACCAAUCAGCGGCGAGCUGAGCUUCACGCGAACAACAGUUCAGUUCGAGAUGGCGCCCAGCUCGAAAUCCGAAAAGAAGGAUGGCAAGCAGAAACCUCAGAGAAAACACAAGGACCAUAUUGUAAAGCUCCUCGUGCGAGGGAAGAUUACUGGGCAGUUAUCUCAGCCUCUGUUUAGGCAGCUCCCACCUCGAGUGUGUGUCCCAUUAAAGAACAUUGUCAGCGAGGAGUUCCUCAGGGCAGGGCACAUUUUUCUCGGCUUCACCAAGUGCGGACGUUAUGUUCUGUCCUACACCAGAGACUGUGGAGAGGACGAUGAUUUCUCUUUCUACAACUACCAUCUCUAUUGGUGGGAGUUCAAUCUGCACAGCAGACUCAAACAGGUCCAAUAUGUGCGACUGUUUGCAGGCGAGGAAAUCUACAAUGACCUCUACCUCAUGGUGUGUGGGUGGCCCAAUGACCAAUCAAAAAUUGUCAUAUUCGGCUUUAACUCUCUACUUAUGAACUUGAUGAGUGCUGAGAACUACAGAGAUAUCUACUUAACCAUCGUCUCCAUGCCUUCUCCUAAGCCUUGCCCUGACUGCUGCAGGCUCCCCUCAACUAUGUCCAUACGCAAUGGGAGUGGCGAGUGUUUGGAGCACGGCUAUGUCCUCAACAGCAGGUGCCAGGUGGUGUACCCGUUUCCCACCUUCCAACCUGCUUUCCAGCUGAAAAAGGACCAGGUCAUCCUGUUGAAUACUAGUUACUCUCUGGUGGCUUGCAGCAUCUCAGUCUGCCCAGGGAAGCAAGGUGAAUUGUCCCAGAUUCUCUACACCAAGAGAGCACCUUUGUCCCAUCAGCCGUCCUCGUCUUCCUCCUCCACUAUCUCAGCCUCCUUACUGCCUCAGGGCUCUCCUGACAGCCGAUCACAACCGAGCAGGGUGGCCCCGCUUACCUCAUCUCCCAGCCAGUCGCAAGCGGUGCUGCGAGCCAGAGAGUUUGCAGCUGACCUAUUUCGACGGGCCCAUGGAGGAUUAUGUGUGGGUGACAAAGAAGCAGCCCGGAAACCAGGAGAACCGCAAAUAAGCUUCCCGCACGAGGAACAGGAUUGUCAAAAGAGGACGCAGGAAGAUACACGAACUACUUUGCCACAAACAUCUGGACAUAGUGUGGUUCACUUAUCUGAACAUGUGAUGUCUCCUGCUGCGUCUUCAUCACCAUCAUCCCCUAUAGCGCCAUCCACAUCCCAGGAGGCAGAGCCUAGUGAGCCUGGUUAUGUCAACUAUUCCCGUCUGCACUAUUGCCACCAACAGCCCGGCUCCUUAGAGCAAAAUACAGGAGCUGCAGCAGGCUAUGAGGACGAUAAAGUACAACUGCCUUUCACGGUGACAGAUCUUAAAGGACGCAGCCUGCAGCUGGUCAGCGAGCCACACAAUGGACAGAGUGUGUGUGUGGAGCAGUUGACGCUGGACUUUGAGUAUCUUAUUAAUGAGGUGAUCAGGAGAGAUGCUGCCUGGGCUCCUCGGUUCUGCUCUUUCAGCGACUAUGAUGUGGUCAUCUUAGAGGUAUGUCCAGAGACCAACUUGGUCAUGAUUAGCAUCGGCCUGCUGCUACUUGCCUUCCCUCCGUCAGAACAGUACAGGCCCAACACCUACCACUCCAACCUGCAUGUCAGUUGGGACCUCAACUCGGGCGUGUGUUGCACGGUGGGAGUUGGUGACCUCACAGAGAUCAAGGGUCAGACCACCGGGGGUGUCUGGAGCUCUUACAGGAAGUCCUGCGUGAACACGCUCAUGAAGUGGAUGGUGCCUGAGAGCGGCUCUCGCAGCAUCAACAGAAUGACCAACGAAGGAGUACACAGUGGAUCUUCUCGUCAGGUGUUGGCGGACAGUGACAGAUGCACUUGGAUCGUUUUGCGAUAACGUCACAAAAAACGAACAAGGAAAGGAAAUCUGAAGGGUGAGCACCAUCCUUAACUAAAAUGGACUAGAACUGCACUGUGAUCACACAAACACAUCAAAACUGAACUGGAAGUUUGUACAUAAUUACAUUUGACACUUUUCGUUAUUUGUGUCAUGUAUGUUUUGUUGUAACGACAAUAAGCACGAGCUGGACUGAACAAAUUAUUAGUUGGAUGUCUUUUUCAAAACGUGAGUGUACUUGAAAUGUUUUGUUUUGAUGUAAUAAUUCUCCUGUUUAGAUUGUUAGGUCCAGGUGGUUGUCACUUUUGUAGUGGAACCAGCAUUGUCUUGACUCAUAAAGAUGCAAUAUUUCUUAAAAAAGUACUAAGUGAAUCUGCGUGACUCAAUGUGUGCGAGCAUCAUAUGUCACUGGCAAAGAAGGAAGAAUCUUAAAAGAUAUUUUGCCAAAAUAAAAUAUGACAAUAUUUUUGGGGAUUUCUUAAAUUUGAGUAAAGGCUUUUGUUGCCAGAAACAAGACAAUAUGCACACAGAAAGUAAUCACAUCCUUUUAACAAUGAGAUUAAAGCUACAAAGAUCACAGGUUGUACAAAGGCUUAAGAGGAACAUCAAAGGAUCUCUUGUUGAAGGUACAGCAUUAUGGAAGGAAUCACACAACAAAUAACUUUAUAUCAAGUGGUUUCGGAAAAUAAUUUAGUGAAAUCCUCAUAGAAGUUUUACAUUGUCUGUGCUCUUGGUAAAGGGUCAUCUUAGAUUAGAAGGCUUGGUCCAUCAUCACAUUAAAAAUAUUUUGGUAGUCUGGAUAGAGACCACAGUUACCACAACACGUAUCCUAAGGCAGUUAUGGUCAAACAUGACGUACAAAGUGGACGUGUAUGACACACAGGGAUACAAAAUCUACUUUUCAAGGACAAACUUGCACAACUGCAGCUGGUAACCAUGGAUACAGUGUAGUACGUGUUUCUGAUUGGCUGUAGCGCUGACAUGGUGUGAGGUGAUGAUGGUGAGAAUGAAUGGAUGGGAAAAAAGGUGAUGACAAAGGUGGCACACUAACAAGGCUUGAUUUUUUUUUUAAUAACUGCAAAAGUUCAAGACGACGCCGAGACUACUUCACAGAACCCCCAUUUAUUAAUCCAACGAUACAGAAUAUAUAGAAUACAAGCUUCUUCCAACUAGCAAGCUCUCAAAGGCACAGCGUAUCAAUUGGCCAAAUUAGAAGGAACAGAAAGUAAAAUAUGGCAUCCAUCAAUGUGCCUGCAAGACCCCUGCAUAGACAUUGCCCAAGUACGCAAUGUGAUAUAUUUCUCUGCAUCAUUUGGGCAAGAGAGACUCAUGAAUAUAGAUACUAUAUCGAGUAAAUACGGCAAAUGAGGGAUGGGCUGGCCACCAAAUGCUCCAGGAAGGCACAGGGAUUAUACAUGAUUGAAGGAAGAUGAAGAAAAAUGGCAGAAUACAUGAUUGGCAUAAAGAACACUCACGCUCAACAACAAACUAUCUUUUUGAGAAGACCACACGAGAGAGCAGGAUGACAUGAUGUCAAAACAAAAGUGUGAUUAAGGCGGUGUGUCUGUCAGGCUGUGCAUGUUCAAAGUGGUCCUGGGCUGCUUGGCCGGCGGUUCCAGCAGCUCCUUGUCCUCCAGAAUACUCAGGGAGGUGGACUGCAGCACCAAGUCUGCACUCUCCUCCUCGCUCUCUUCCUCAUCCUCCUCCUCGUCCUCAUCUACAGGAGAAAGGCAUUGUGACGCUGCGUGAAACUGAGUGGCGGGGAUCUUACCUUUCUCCGGGUCCGGGGUAGAUCUGCUCUUGACGCUGUUGGCAAACUGGGAGGAAACAAAGAUUAGACAAGGUUUGGAGAACACGUCUUCUGACUUAUGUGCUGGCACGCACUUCUCCCAUGACCGCGAUCGCAGUCUCUCCUUUAGCCUGAGCCACUCUGUGCUCGAUCAGGUAGUACAUGUACUCGUCAUACAGCAGGCGGAUCAGGUGGAAGGACCCGAAGCUGGCCGCGCUGCGCAAGGUCAGGUCUCGUAUGACCAUGGAGCUGGUGGCAAAGGACAGGUGAUCGACAUGUCGCACACACGCACAAACAAACAAACACACGCACGUCUUCGCUGCCGCUCACCUGUAAAAAGACCAGUUGAGCAGGAAGACCUUAGCAGCCUUCGGGAGGGCGACGGGGUUAGCCUCGUAAGGUUUGAGGACCUGCGAGACGACGCCGUCCAGCCAGGAGGCCCACUGCUCCAAGGAGUUCUGCUGCUGCAGCGUCAUCUUGAAGUCUUGUUCUAGCCGCUGCACGAUGCGAUCUUCACACUGACACACCCAUGACGCUUGUUCCUGGGGGGCGGACUGGUGUUACUCCUCCGAACCACGGAUGUUUAACUAAAUUCUUCUACAGGCCACAUGUCCAAAAAACUAAGGACCAGUGGCUGGACUUCUCUCACAUUUAGUCUUAUUUUGAGAACCAGCAUUCUUGGUGGUAGAUUUUUUUUGUUAGAGUUAGCAUGUC